ACGCGAUCUUAGCUUCAUGUCACGCACCGCCAUAACUCCGAAAUUUAAAAUGCACUGGUUUCCAAACGAAAGACGCUGUUGAGCUGGAAACUUGUAAGCGGAUAUCAAUUUAGUACCUCUUAUGUCUGACCUUUAGGGGAUCUUUAGUUUGGGAUUUGAGAAUUUGAUGACGUCACGUGACCACACUCUAUUCCACUGACGGAGUAGAGCUGAGAAGAGCGAAUACGUUGUGGUUAGAGAAUGAUAAUCCCCACCCCUACCCCUGCUGAAAAAUUUUCACUUUUGCACCAAAUUGAAAAUCACGAAACACGUUUUUUUCGCCUGAAAUCGUAUGUGCAGGUCUUACCGAAACAUGGCUCGAGAAGGAAAGAUUUUAACCCGAUAUGCUUUGGUAGUUGUUCUCGCCUGUUUCAUGUACCCAAGUUUGCUCUACAAGUCGAUAUCGCCCAUGACACGAAAAACUGAUUUAGUACUUGAACGUUCCACUCGAGAGGCGAGAUCGACCGAGCUUGAACGAAGCAAAAUCUCAGCGCCGCCUCAGAACUGCGUUAAACCCUCUAUAGACGAAUUCCCCGAUGAUUUCAUGACUCAGUACCAGCGAAGAGAGCAAGGAGGCGUCGUUAUUCAUUUCCUUCUGGCCAUUUACAUGUUCGGUGCCUUGGCUGUGGUGUGCGACGACUAUUUCGUUCCUUCAUUGGAACAGAUCACCAAAAAGUUGAACAUAGAUUCUGAUGUUGCCGGUGCGACCUUCAUGGCUGCUGGAAGCUCUGCCCCUGAGCUGUUUACCUCAGUUAUUGGCGUUUUUAUUACAAAGAGCGACGUUGGCCUAGGAACUAUUGUGGGAUCCGCGGUAUUCAAUAUUCUUUUCAUUGUUGCGAUAUGCGGUUUGUUCGCUGGAUCUGCGCUUCGCCUUACGCCUUGGCCUCUGUUGCGUGACUGUACAUGUUACUUGUUGAGUAUCGCGGCCUUGAUCGCAAUCAGUUACGACAAGAAAGUUUACUGGUACGAGGCUGUAGUCCUGGUGACCAUGUACCUCCUGUACGUGGUUAUCAUGUACUUUAACACAAGCCUUGAAGGUUGCUUUGAGAGGCUAACAAGAAUUAACAAUGGAGAAACUGAUAUUGAAAGAAAUGGCAGAGGUAGCGAUGAAGAGCAAUCCCUCUUGAGAGGCGAUGCUGGGGAUGGCGAAGAAAGGUUAAAUCCUUCCGGUGCUGCAGAGGAAGUUAAAAUUAUCGACCAAAGUGACGAGUCGCCAUUUUCAAUGCCCCAGGGGUUCGUUUCACGAGUCUUGUGGAUCUUGGCGUUACCAGUCGCAUGUUUGUGUUACGUCACAAUUCCCGACUGCCGCAGUGACAAAUGGGAGAAGUGGUAUCUCGUCUCAUUCUUUGUAUCGGUGGUGUGGAUUGCAUUACUCUCCUAUGUUUUGGUUUGGAUGGUGACAAUCAUAGGCUUCACACUUGGAAUCCCAGAUGUCAUCAUGGGCCUCACAUUUCUGGCUGCAGGGAGCAGUGUGCCUGAUGGGAUAUCUAGCCUGAUUGUUGCACGUCAAGGAGAUGGUGACAUGGCUGUCUCUAACACAGUAGGCAGCAAUGUUUUUGACAUUUUACUGUGCCUCGGACUCCCUUGGCUACUGAAGACGUCAGCUGUGGACCCAGGAGGUUAUGUUGCUGUCCUGAGUGGCAGCAUAAUUUACACAUCAAUAUCUCUAUUUGGCACUGUGUUUGUGACCAUAUUUCUGGUAGUAGCAAACAAAUGGCAUUUAAAUAAGUGCCUUGGAAUGGCAUUUCUUAUUAUUUACUUAGUCUUCAUUACAGUCGCAACUCUCUUUGAACUUGAUUUGAUUGGGGAUUAUAACCUUCCAACAUGUAAGACAUAGCAGAAAAGCGGCCACAGGCCAUAACUUCUGUAGCCUCCUAUGCAGACAUCCUUUGGGCUCAUCACGCAAUCUUCCUCACCCAUGAGGAAGAUUGUGUGACGAGCCCAAAGUGCAUCUGCACAGGAGGCCAUAACCUCUGCAUCCUAAGCAGGGCCGAGUUGUUUGAAACCUGAUUGUGUGGUUCCAGAAAAAUUAAUAUCCAUACUCCCCCCACAGAAUGGGAUUGGAAUUUCCUGGGGGGUGGGGAG